AUGUUGGGCGCUCGACUUCUAGUCACGUUGUUGAGCGGGGCCACUUUGGUGGCGGUUUUCGCAUCAGGUGACACUUCGGAUGACCCUGCUCUUAAGAGGACGAAACGUGGCGGAGGAUACGAAUAUGUUGAUUAUGUGCCUUCAUCGUACGAGCCGAAGUCAUCGCAUUAUUCCCAAGAGAGUAAUUACGGGAGCUACGGGAAGCACUAUCAUCAUCACCACCACAGUCACAAAUACCAUUGCAAGCACUGCCACAAGAAACAUCACGAUAAGAAGUCCAUCAGCCUUCACGGCCUCCUGGCCCUCUUAGCACCUCUAGCUUUGCUGCCUCUGCUCACGGGGGCGAUCGCUCCAAUUUCAAUGGCACCUCUAGUGGUCCCCGCUAUGACCCAGGUGAUCGCAGGAACGGCGGCAGCGACUGCGGGUCGACGGAGACGGCGCAGCGCAACGCAGGGCUCCGCCGAAUCAAUUCACGAAUAUCUGAAGAAGGUUAAUCCUAGUGGAGAAUACAACGACGAGGUAAUGGCUCAGUACCUCAAAUGCAGCGGGAUGCUCGACUCGAAGAAUCAUUGUCUCGAUCGGUUGACUUGUCAGUACACGGCGGGCACGUUGAACAGCCUCGAAAAAGAGGUCGCGUCACUGAUAAUCUACACCAUCGUGAAGAACAAGUACAUCCCGGAGAGCUUCAAGGACCAGAUGAAGAAAGCAGCCGCUUUCGGUCGCCAGAGUCCGCUGAGAUGCUACGCUUUCCGGUGCGAUAAUAAGAAGGAUGUCUUCUCAUCCUUUUGA